GAGAUGGGUGUGGUGAUGGUGGCGGUGGCGGUGGCGGUGGUGGCGGUGGCGGCGCUGCUGCAAAGGUGUGAAGGAGGGUGGGGAGGCGACGGCGUCAUGAAGGCCAAGGUGAACGUGACGGCCGCCUGUAGCUUUCCGGCGAUGUUCAACUUCGGGGACUCCAACUCCGACACCGGCACCAAUGCUGCCUGCUUCUACAGGUCCGUCUCCCCCAAUGGCAUCACUUACUUCAAUAAGCCAAGCGGCCGCGCCUGCGACGGCCUCCUCCUCGUUGAUUUCUAUGCCAUGGAACUAAGCUUACCGUUUCUGCAUCCGUAUCUGGACUCAAUCGGACCAAAUUUUCGGGGAGGAGCAAAUUUUGCGAGCGGUGGAUCGACGAUCCGUCCACAAAACAAGAGUUUUACUCAAGGUGGUGCUAGCCCUUUCUCUCUAGACUUUCAGUCAUACCAAUUCAUGGAACUGAAGCAGAGAUCCAAUGACUCCAUAAAUGAAGGCUGCUGGUUUGCAGGCAUGCUUCCGCGAAUGGACGAUUUCACCAAUGCUCUAUAUACGAUUGAUAUCGGACAGAACGAUUUAGCGGCCGCCUUCUCAUCCAUGACAAACGAUCAAGUCCGUGAUACCAUUCCGGAUAUUCUUGCCGGAUUAUCGCUUGUUGUAGAGAACUUGUACUGGCAAGGAGCAAGAUCAUUUUGGAUCCACAAUACGGGUCCAAUUGGAUGCCUGCCCUACUCGGUCAUUUUCAAACCUGCAGAGGAUGGGGAAAUAGAUGAGGUUGGAUGUAUUCAGUCACACAACGAGGUGGCUCAGGAGUUCAACCAUAAGCUGAAGCAACUGGUCUCUAAACUCAGGAAAGAGCUCCCACUUGCUGCACUCACUUAUGUCGACAUUUACUCUGCAAAAUAUGCAUUGAUCAGCCAGGCCACCAAUCUAGGUUUUGUUGAUCCUUUCAAGAUCUGCUGUGGGCAUGCUACCAUGGACUACAUCGUUGGCUGUGGAAAUGAAAAGAUGGUGAACGGCACCAAAAUUCAAGGAACUUCAUGCAGCGACCCCCUGACUUAUAUCAGCUGGGACGGCGUCCACUACACCCACCGAGCCAACGAGAUGAUCGCCAGGCAGGUCAUCGAUGGCUCCUUAUCGGACCCUCAAAUUCCUCUUUCCGCGGCCUGCAACCGGGUCGGCUAGAGCACCGCUAAUUCAUGUACAUUUGCCGGCCGGCGAUCGGAAACACGGCCGCCGCCUCAACAUGAAAGUGAUCAAAAUUUUAGGUUUGAAAUGCAUAGCUUGUAGUGACCGGUAGCUUUGGAUGAAUGAAUAAUGUGAAUAGAAGAGGGUUGUGUUGGUUUC